UUUUCGCUAAACGACUGUACUUGUCUGUUGUCUAGCCAUUUCUUCUCUUCUCUGUUUUAUUUGUUCUACCUGAAAAAUAAGUGGGUUAGGGUUUUCAGUUCUUUCCAUUCUUUGUCAUGGAGGAGAUUACGGAGGGAGUUAACAACAUCGCCAUCAUCGAUUCGCACAAGAAGAAUCGUAUUCAAGUCUCCAAUACGAAGAAGCCGCUCUUUUUCUAUGUCAAUCUUGCAAAGAGGUACAUGCAGCAACACAAUGAGGUGGAGCUUUCUGCUCUAGGAAUGGCUAUUGCAACAGUGGUCACCAUUGCGGAGAUCCUGAAAAACAAUGGAUUGGCUGUGGAAAAGAAGAUCACAACAUCCACAGUUGAUAUGAAGGAUGAAUCCAGGGGAAGGCCCAUCCAAAAAGCAAAGAUUGAGAUAUUGCUUGCAAAGACGGAGAACUUUGAUGAUUUGAUGGCUGCUGCGGCUGAAGAGAGAGAAAUUGGAGACGGUGAGGAGCAGAGCUGAAGGGGAAUGCUUUGUGAGGUUUGGUUUGUUAUCCUUGGUGUGCUGGUACUCAGAAAAUGCGCUUUAGCGAUCAAUUUACGACUGUCUAUUUUUGAGUAAAGGAUGGUCAUUUGAGUGGCAGUAAGAAGAAUUUGGUAGCUGUGAUAAUAUUGUGGUAGGUGCUAACAAGAUCCCUUGGCUAUUCAAGAUUCGAGUUUAUUAUAUUUUGUCAUUCAUUUAGCA